AUGGCAGCCAGCGAUUCUGAUCCUCCUAUUCUGCCCCUCCUUUGGGAUGAAGACAAUGAAGGCCUAUCCCAGGAGUGUCGGGACCUAAUUGCAACCUUACCCGCUGAACCAGAUUGGUUUACGCAGAAACUCUACCAAUAUAAGGGUCUCUGGCUCUUCAAGAGGAUAGUGCAAGCAGUUCUCAAUUGUCAACACCACUUCCAAGGCCGUGACUCAGAUGUCCUCCUUAUCACCUCACCAAAGUCUGGCACCACUUGGCUCAAAGCACUCACUUUUGCUAUUAUCAAUCGCAAGAGUCAUGACCCGAACCCGACCCGAAUAUCCUCUACUCACCCCCUCCUCACUGCCAAUCCACAUAUUUUGGUACGCACCUUGGAGAUAAGCCUCUACAAUGGGCACGCCGAGCCUGAUCUGAGCUUAUUCUCAUCGCCAAGGCUUUUUGCGAGUCAUCUACCAUAUGUUUUGUUGCCGGAGUCCAUUAAGUCAUCGAGACGUAAGAAAGUGUACUUGUGUAGAAAUCCUAAGGACAUAUUCAUCUCUUACUGGCAUUUCAUGAACACGCUGAGACGAGAAAUCCAAGAGAACAACAUGAUGGAAAACUUUUUCAAGCAAUUUUGCAGAGGAGUGAACCUUUAUGGGCCAUUUUGGGAUCACAUGCUGGGGUACUACAAGAAAAGUUUGGAGGAUCCAAAUAAAAUAAUGUUUUUUGAAAUAUGA